ACGAGGAUAGGCAGACAUUUCAUGUGCUUCAUGAACUCGUGUGCAGAAUAUUGUGGUACUGUGAAUUUAUUCUAUUAAAGAAGGAAUUAUAUAUGAAGUUAACAUGCCUGCCAAUGUGUACACGGAUAUGAACACCAACGUACAUCUCAUGGAAGAUCAACAAGCAUUGCAGUUGGCUUUCGAACUUUCGUUGUUGGGAAUAAACGGAGAAGAUGAUGGCAUUGAUGCUGUAUCAUCCAGUGGCAACCUUUCGCCCCAGAGUUUUGCUGAAGAACAAGCCAAAAGACGAAGCGCCAACAUGACAGAAUGCGUGCCCGUCCCCAGCUCCGAGCAUGUGGCGGAAAUCGUGGGUCGACAAGGAUGCAAGAUUAAGGCACUUAGAGCAAAGACCAACACAUACAUCAAAACCCCAGUCAGAGGCGAGGAGCCAGUCUUUGUGGUCACCGGUCGCAAGGACGACGUUCAGGCUGCCAAGCGUGAGAUUCUUUCUGCUGCUGAACACUUCAGCCAGAUCCGGGCCUCACGACGCAACUCCAGUGUCUCUAGUCUGACAGGCAAUGGGCUCUCGGGCCCACCUAGCCCAAAUGCCCCGGGGCAGGUUACGAUCCAGGUGCGGGUUCCGUACAGAGUUGUGGGCCUUGUGGUGGGUCCCAAAGGUGCCACAAUCAAAAGGAUACAGCAGCAGACACACACAUACAUCGUCACACCCAGUCGAGACAAGGAGCCAGUGUUUGAGGUCACAGGAUUACCUGAAAAUGUUGAGAAGGCCCGUCAGGAGAUAGAGAGCCACAUAGCUCUUCGUACUGGAGGUGCUGUAGACAACCAGCCGGACGAUGACUUCCACCGCAAUGGGAUUGACUCAGGCUUCCAUGAGCUGAAUGGUUCUAGCAGUGACUUUAUUAGUUCGAUGUUUGGCAAGGCUAAUGGAAUGUCCGCUUUCACAGCCUAUAAUAAUGCUCUUAAUGGAAACAACAUGCUUAACAGGCGGCCAGAGACCGUGUUCAAUUUUCCUCCAGUGGCUAACCCGUCUAAACUGACUGACUUCACUGGACAGAUGAAUGGUUUUGGUUCUGCCCUCAGCAGUUUCCCUAACAUAUAUGACAAUCUGAAUGAUGAGGGUAUUGGCUCGCCAACGUUUGAAAAUGGUUUAAUUGCAAAUGUGUGGUCUGAUGUGAAUGACAACCACAACCAGAAUCUUGUCUCGCUCUUUGGCCCCACCAGUACCACAACUGCAUCUAACGGAUUUACGACUGUAUCGCGAAUCUCCCCCACCUCCAGCGAAAUGUCAACAGGAUCCAGCGCAACAGGAACCAACUCCACCUCUCAUUCGCCACCCUCCGAACACCCGGCUGUGCGCAGGAUACGCAGUGACCCCCUUGCAAGUGCAUUCACCCCCUUCAACCUGCAGACAGAAUUGCACUUCCCAACGACGACAGCCUCUGUAGCACCGACAGGAAGUUUACGGAUAGAAAGUACCAACGAGCUAAGCAGUGCUGAAGUAAGCCCUAUGGGCCCAAAUGUUGAGGCUCUCAGGAGGAACUGUAUCAUGUGCUCGGAGAGUGAGCGAGUGGCGGCCUUGGUGCCCUGUGGACAUAACCUGUUCUGUAUGGAGUGUGCGAGCCUCAUUGUUGAGAAGCCUACAGGAGCCCAAGACCGGAUCUGCCCAGUGUGCCGGGCCGAACCCUCUCAGGCCAUACGCAUUAUCUCCUAAACCCAGACAUCACCAUGCUAAGGCUACAGACUUUAACCUUACUUCCACCAGUCUACAGAAAUAGGACAAGUGCCAACUUUCUGAAACAUGCAUAUUGAUGUUAUAUUGAUGCUACCAAAUUCCUUAGCUAAACAGUCAGCUCUGUUCUUGAAUUAUGCUGGAAUUUCCGCUAGCUCUGUGGAUUACAGCUAAAGCUAGGGUGAGAUAAAGAGAUAUCUAUCUGCUAACAUCACUUGUGUUUAUACUGAAUGUGUACUCAUCCAAUAAUCAAUGAUUUCUGCAAGCUCUCAAGCACAAUAGUGGUCCAGAGGUACAAAUAGUUCCACUUCAUUCAGUCUGGUUAUUUAAAAAAAAUCUCAUUCAUGAUGAAUUGGUAGAACUUUGUUGAUGAUACCCUCUGUCAAAAUUAUGUAAGCACAUUUCUAAAAAAGGGAAUAAAUGAAAAAAUCUUAAGUAAAUGCCACCAUGGUAUUUAACAUUUAAUGAUGAUUUGAUUUGGACUGUAAGAAAAAGCAAGAAAAAAAUGUUUCCAUGCCAAUAAGAUCAAGUAUUCAUUAGUGAGAUUAUUUUGUAUUGAUUGAUUUUUGAACCUUCUAGUUCAAAGAUAUUAUUUAUUACUUGAAUGAAACCCAUCAUUUACAAACUAUAUCCAUUACAAAAGUAUUAUUGUGGUGAUUCAUGUUCAUAUACUCGAAUGUUUUAUGCCCUGAACUGUUAUGUAGCAUAUAUAUAUGUACUUAAUAUUUUAUCUAAUGUUAUUGAAUGUAUCAUUCUAUACAAUGUUAAUGGGCGUGUUCCGAAUAGAUUUAUCCAGUUCCAGUUAAGAAUUCCAUGUCCAGUUAAUUCUUUAUUCAUAACCAAAGUUAACUUGCGAACAAAAUUGUUUGAAUUGUGUUAUAACUUGAAAGUAAAUGCAGUUUCGCAUUGAAGCGCCAAAAUGAUCUAUAUGUUGAAUAAUGGUUAAAAUAUCAUGUGGCGGGGAUGGGGGAUGUCAUGGAUAUUUGUCAUUGUAUGGGCCCAUUCACAGUGUAUAUCUUUCUAUGUGUACAGAUGUAGUAGAUCAAAUAGUCAAAUAUAUAUUUUUUUGUUUUUCAAGAUUUAGCUUUAUUUUGUUCUAAGAGAUAUAUUAAAGAGUAAUAUAUUGGAGGUUUAUAAUAUGUAAUAUAUUAUAUUUUUCAAUUAUGAUAUAAAUAGAUCUGUUUCAUUGUAAAUUAAAGUUAUGCUUUGUUGUUAUGAACUUAUGUAUGAGAAAAAUAGAAUUUUGUCACAAAACCUUCAUGCUUUAACCACUCUUUCCAUGUUGCUGUUUUCUUGCUUAUUAAUUGUCACGAAUGUCUUAUAUUUUUGACAACUGAACUAGAUAGUUUUUCAUAAGCCAAAUCAUCUCCAUUUAAUCAUUUCUUACAUUUUUGGUAUAACUACUUUUGACGCAAAUUAAUUAUAUGGGAGAAUUCAUACAUUAUGUUAACUUUCUUGUUCAGCGAAUGUCAGUCCAGCCAGACUGGUUCAUAUUCAUUUUCCCGGCUAGACUGGUAUGCUUGCAAUGUUUUCUAGUGUAUCCACUUAAAUACACUUACAAAAAGUUAAUAUUCAACAAGCAUCUUAACACCAGUGAUAUGAGUAGAAAAGUACUGGAAACUUUAAGCUACCAUUACGAAAUAAUUCAUAAAUGUCUUCCAGACUUCAUAGCUGGUGAAUAGUGUGUUCACAUUCAGAAUCGACCAUUUUUCAAAAUGCCCAGAUAUUUUCUUGAUUAGGUCAUUUAUAUAAGAGGCCAUGCAUCCAGUUAAUUACCAGUAGCUGUUAUUUCGUGAAAUGUGAGAAUGAUUACCAAGCCUUGUUCACAUAGCUGUACACUGAGGCUGUGAAUUAAACGAACCUUUGUUGGCUUUCAUUUCCUAGGUUAUCGUUGUACCAAUUAUUUUGCCGUAAACUUGCAUUUUUUUGUAAACUUGCAUUUUUCCGUGCUUACAUAUUCAUGUAUAAAAUGUCUUGAGUGUUUAUGUAGCUUUACCAUGUAACUUACAGUUUGGAGUGAUUGGCUGUUUUGUCAUCAUAAACAUAUAUUUUCACAUUUAUUACCCGAAUUAUAGUACAAGAUCACAAAAUAUCUAUGCACAACCAUUGUGACGAAAUCCCCAUCUUAAAUGCUAGUUUACUGCUAUCUAAUUUUGUAACUUUUUCUGGAUAAAUAUUUGUAACCUUUGAAUGUUUGUCUGAAUUUCAAUCCCUCAGUGUUGGUGUAUUAUUUAACCAGCGUUAAAUCUUGCUAUCCUAAUAAGUUUGUUGGCUUUACCCAUUCCUUAAUCUAACCCUAUAUUGUGACAAUGAUUUUCAUGUGAUGAUGUAUUCCAUUUUUUCUUUCUAUGUUAACCAUAUUAAGAGUUAGUGCAGUUUUUUUUAUCAAGGGACCUAAUUGUUUCAAUAAAUGAUUGUUAUAAAGAUUUAGAUUAUAUAUAUGUAAGUCUUUCACUUUUCAUAAACAUACCUUAAGUUGAAAUAUUUAUUGUUUAAAGCUAAAAAAAUGACCAAUUUUGGAAAAAUAUUUUAUGAAAUAUGUCAAAUUGCUUUUAAAUAGGAUAUGCAUUUAAAACAACAUUUAAAAUUUUGUUUUAGAACUAUAUUAAUGUGCUUCAAAAUGCUUCCAUAAUAUUACAGUACUUUAAUGUUAAAUGGCAUUUUUUACUGGUUAUUGCAUAAUUAUUAAGAGUUAUUUUGAUCAUAAGAUUAGAGUUCAUGUUAUUUCUUAGCUUGUUGGCAGUGUAUUACGAAUUUUAUUGCAUCACUUGCUCAUUUUAUAAUAAAAAAAAUGAAACAACUAAAAAAUGUUCAGAGGCUGUAAGAUAGUUUUAUUUGCUAAUAUCUACAUGGUACAAAAAGAUACACGAGUUUUACCAUGUAAAUUGUUUAACAGCUUUUAUAAGUUUUAGUUUCUGUUUGUAAAAGGGAGAAACCUGUCUUAAAACUUUUUGUUACUUUCUAUUGGGGACGAGGAAUUGUGUUAUUUUACAAUGAAAACUCUUAAACAAGAAAGGAUGUAUGUAAAUAUGUUUUUGAAACUUUGCUUUUUUACUCAAAAAAUGUGGAGCCAGUUUACCUAGUUAAUUAAAAAACAAUUUUCCCGCCAAAACGAAAAAGACCAGUUGGAAAAAAACACUUUUAUAACAGAUGCCCGAAAUUUUCUUUGACAUUGCAGGCUAUGCAAGGCAACCUAUUUUUUUUUUAAAAACUGGCUCCUUUUAAUCUAUGCAUUUGAGAUUCUUUUGAUCUUUUGUAAUACUGUUUGUACUAGUUUAUAACGAUGUAAUUAAUGCCACUUUUUUGUUAAUUUUUGUUAUCAAUGUAUAAUUGUGCAACCGCUAUUAAAACUUGUUGUUAUAGCUUAGAUAUUUCUAUUUUAUUAUUUUCGUAUAUAUAUAUUGACUUACAGUAUGCAAGUAUACAUGUCAGUGUACAAAUUAUAGUUAGUACCACUUUGAGCGCUGGGGCGGCUCCUAUGUUUAACCGAUAUACAUAGUUUUUAUUUUAAGGCCAAAGUGCAAGGCCAAAACUUUAUAUUUACUAUAUUUGCAGAUUAUGUCCAACUUCAAAUGAAAUGUAAAAUUUUAUUUUCUGCUAUUAAAAGUAAUUAAAAAUA